UCAACCAGAGGACGCGACCCACUGAGGAGCUGCUGCUGCGACUCUCUGGACACCUCCACCUCCUCCUCCUCCACCUCCACCUCUCUCUCUGCUCCACCCGGUCCAGCCAUGUACCGGUACUUCGGGGAGCUGCUGAGCCGGUCUGCCGGCGGUGCUCUGGCCUGCGUGGACUCCUCUCUCCCGGCGUCCUCGUCCCUGAUGCGGCUGCGCCAUUACGCAGACGCGGCCGACAAACCCGACGACCCCAACUUCUUCCGCAUGGUGGAGGGCUUCUUCGACCGAGGGGCCAGCAUCGUGGAGGACAAGCUGAUCGAGGACCUGAGGACCAAGGAGACCCCCGAGCAGAAGAGGAGCCGUGUGCGUGGCAUCCUGAGGAUCAUCAAGCCGUGCAACCACGUCCUGAGCGUCUGCUUCCCCAUCAAGAGGGACAACGGGGAGUGGGAGGUGAUCGAGGGGUACCGGGCCCAGCACAGCCAGCACAGGACACCCUGCAAGGGGGGUAUCCGUUACAGCACAGAGGUGUCUGUGGAUGAGGUCAAAGCCCUGGCCUCUCUGAUGACCUACAAGUGUGCUGUUGUCGAUGUGCCAUUUGGGGGAGCCAAAGCUGGAGUCAAGAUCAACCCCAAGAAUUACUCUGAUAAUGAGCUGGAGAAGAUUACCAGGAGAUUCACUAUUGAGCUGGCCAAGAAGGGUUUUAUUGGACCCGGCAUCGACGUCCCGGCCCCAGACAUGAGCACAGGAGAGAGGGAGAUGUCCUGGAUUGCCGACACAUACGCCAACACCAUUGCACACACUGACAUCAACGCCCACGCGUGUGUGACGGGAAAGCCCAUCAGCCAGGGAGGAAUCCACGGACGCAUCUCAGCCACCGGUCGUGGAGUUUUCCACGGCAUCGAGAACUUCAUCAACGAGGCUUCCUACAUGAGCAUGCUGGGCCUGACACCCGGCUUCCAGGACAAGACCUUCGUCAUCCAGGGCUUUGGUAAUGUGGGUCUCCACUCCAUGAGGUACCUGCACAGGUUUGGGGCAAAGUGUGUGGGCAUCGGUGAGAUUGAUGGAGCCAUCUACAACGCCGAGGGCAUCGACCCCAAACAGCUGGAGGACUACAAACUGCAACACGGCACCAUUGUGGGCUUCCCAGGAGCCAAACCCUACGAAGGGAGCAUUCUGGAAGCUGACUGCCACAUCCUGAUCCCUGCUGCCGGAGAAAAGCAGCUCACACGUGUCAACGCCCCCAGGAUCAAGGCCAAGAUCAUUGCUGAAGGUGCCAAUGGACCCACCACUCCAGACGCUGACAAGAUCUUCCUGGAGAACAACGUCAUGGUUAUUCCUGACAUGUACCUGAAUGCUGGCGGUGUGACCGUGUCUUACUUUGAGUGGCUGAAGAAUCUCAACCAUGUCAGCUAUGGAAGACUGACCUUCAAAUACGAGAGAGACUCAAACUACCACCUGCUGAUGUCUGUGCAGGAAAGUUUAGAGAGGAAGUUUGGCAAGCAGGGUGGGCCCAUACCUGUGGUACCUACCGCUGACUUCCAGGCCAGAGUUGCUGGUGCCUCUGAGAAGGAUAUUGUUCACUCUGGUUUGGCUUACACCAUGGAGAGAUCUGCCCGGCAAAUCAUGCGCACGGCAACCAAGUAUAACCUGGGUUUGGACAUUCGGACGGCCGCUUACGUCAACGCCAUCGAGAAGGUCUUCAAAGUCUACAACGAGGCGGGGCUUACCUUCACAUAGAGGGCCAAUCACGACCCACAAGUCCUCUCCCCCACCCCCCACCCCCACUGCUAUUGAUCAACCUCUCCUGCCUCUUCUGCCCUCUAAACAGCCUUCAGAACAUAUCACUGUUUACCGCUACACACACACACACACACACACACACACACACACACACACACACACACACACACACACACACACACACACACACACACACACACACACACACACACACAGCGAAACAUUGGCUAGCCUGGUAUUUAUCCUGUGAUUAUACUGUAUCCGCAUUUCUGUUUAAAUGUUUCCCUGUUUUGCCUGAGGUUCUAUCGAUAAAUAUCAGAGAGAGAGUAACAUCCUGUCUCUCCCACAGCCCUCAUUUAAACGUUCAUGUUGGCAGCGUUUAUUUCAGUUAGACAGCACUACAGAUGCCUUAUUUCAGAAGAAAGGUCUGCUCUAAAAGGGAGAGGCCAAUUAAAUUUAACUUUAAUUAAAAGGGAUUUAUCUUCAUGUGAAUAAAAGAGAGUAGUGAUUUUAUUAAUCUUGAGUUUGUCGUCCCACUCUUCAGGAGCAGUGGUUAGUAGUGAAGUUGCCAAGAGUAAAGAUUCUUUUAGAUUCUAGGUUCUCCUCUUCCCUCUUUACCUGCUUUUCCUUUCACUCGUAUAUUAAAAGCUGCUUCUCCCCCCCCGACUCCCCCGCUGGCCAAGAAGAGUCACUGCGAGGUGUCACUGUGACCGCCCGUCCCGUGGUAGAACCUUCCUCAGUUUUAAUCGUCCAGUUCUUCGACAUUGAAAUUAUUUUCGAGGAGAUUACCUUUUUAUUUUUUAUUUUAUUCAUUUUUGGAAACCAAUAAAAUGUUCAUAAAAACUC